CCGCGGGAGCGGGGCUGCAGCCGCGCCGGCACAAUCAGUGUGUGCGCUCUCGCUGCUCCUACGCCUUUCCCUGCUCGGAUCCUUGAGGUUUCGACACUUGUGGUUCUUUGUGUUUGUUUUUUUUCUUGAAAUGGUAGGGCUGGGAAACAGCUGCCGAGGGAUGAAGUCUCCACCUCUCCUUGUGGCUGCACUCGUGGCAUGCGUCGUUGUUUUGGGUUUCAAUUACUGGAUUGCAAGUUCUCGCAGCGUGGAUCUGCAGGGUCGGAUCAUGGAUCUGGAAGGCAAAGUCCGCAGGGCAGCAGCAGAGAGGGGUGCCGUGGAGCUCAAAAAGAAUGAAUUCCAAGGGGAGCUUGAGAAGCAGAGACGGCAAAUAGACCAAAUCCAGUCCUUGCACAGCUUUCAGAUGGAAAAUGCUAACAGAGUACAUCAGGAAGAGAAGGCAGUGCUGAUGAGUAACAUCACUGGAAAUGAAAGACUGAUCCAGAGUCUACGAGAGCACUUAAAAGAGUUGCAGACAGAAUAUGGAAAGCUACAGCUGGAUGUUUACUGGUUUCAGAAGAACCAGACCAACCUUCAGAAGAAGUUCUCAUAUGACCUGUCACAGUGCAUCAAUCAGAUGAAAGAAUUGAAAGAACAAUGUGAAGAAAGGAUAGAUGAGCUUACAAAAAAGGCUAGUGAUAUACAAGUCAAAGAAAACAAAGACCUCUCAGAAGAUUCAAAAAGAAAUAGCCAGGUUAAUAUUCAGCUGCCAGCCUUGAAGGAAACUGAUUUCAAGCAGGCUGACUUGGAACAGCAGAAACACAAUGAAGAUGUACCUAAAGCAGUACCUACAGUAAAAAAGAUGGACCUGCUGCAGGCUAAAGAAAGAACAAAUGCCCUACCUGACAACAGAAAACAGGAGCCUACCGCGGAAGAGGAGAGGCUUUCUAGUGAGCUGAAAAAAACACAGGACUCACUCAAGGCUGCUGCAGGUCCUAAGGAGGUGCUGCCUGAAUCAGAGAAGGUGCUGGAUCCAUCUGAAGAUGAAAAAGAUGCAGCAGUGCAAGAUGUGAUACAGCCGGCAGCAGGGCAGGCUGCCAGUGAGGAAAUUGAGAGGGAGCAGCUCCUAAAUCUCGAUACUAAGCAGGAUGACUUGCCCCCUGGAAAUGCCGACAAACAGGAACAGGAAGCACUGAACCAGGACAAGAAUAUUGAUUACAGUUUAGAUGAAAACGAAGCUGAAUCGGAAACAGACAAGCAAGCAGCACUUGCGGGGAUUGACAAUGUUCAAAACCCUGAAGAUGUGAAGAACCACUUAUCUGAGCAAGGUGAAGAACGACAGAGGUUGUGAGCAAAGGAGGUUCAUGACACAAGUUAGUCACUUCAUAUAAAUGCAGCCAUGAUGAAAGCAAAGUGAUGAGAAUG